AUGUGGUUUUGCCGGAGGGCCGAUCACGGGACGCCUCCGGCGGACUAUCGCCUGAGGUUAGUGGGGGAGGAGAUCGGGGUCGGGGCCAGUAUGAAGUAUUUGGGUCUGACUCUCGACAACCACUGGAGCUUCGGCGCUCACUUCGAGCGUCUAGCAUCGUCGGUUGAGGCGACGGCGAACGCCUUAGGACGUUUGCUGCCUCGCCUUGGCGGGUCCGGUGUCGGAGUGCGUCGGCUGUACGCCUGCGUGGUGCAGACAAAGCUCCUCUACGGAGUUCCGAUCUGGGCAGAAGACCUGGUGACCAACAGUAGCAGUCUCCGGGCGAUCAGGAGGUUGCACAGGGCGGUGGCCAUCAGGAUAGCGAGGGGUGUUUGCACCAUUUCGGCGGCGGCAGCGGCCGUGCUCGCCGGGCUUCCCUCGUUCGAGCUGCAGGCCCUGAGGUAUCGCGAGAUUUAUCUCCGCACUCGGGGUCUGCCGGGUGGGGUUAGCGCGGUGGACGCUGACGCUGAGGUGGGGGCUCGGCAAGAGCUGCUCGACAGAUAG